AUGCGUCCUGCCAAGCACACAUCGAGCGCCGCAUCUCGAAUUGCUACAGCUGAACACUCUUCGAAGGGCAAGAACGGAGGCGAAGGGUGUAGCAAAAGUUCGGCCGCUGCCUCUCCCUCCGGCUCCGGCUCACUGGGCGCGGAAGGCCAAUUGGGCCUGACUACCAAUUUCAGAGAUGGGCUGCACGUCAAAGCUAUUCCGGCUGCUGCUCAUGCCAGAAGGAUCAAACAUCCUUUCAAACCUCGAUUUCUCCGUGCGCGCAUCGUCGCUGCUGAAAGUGCCACACAACAAGAGGUGCAAAGGAGUAGUGGCAGAGGUGUGGCCGAUGUCGAUGUCUCUGCGGCACCGCAUCGGCAGAAGAGAACGUAUAUGGUUCAGUCUAGUUUUAGCAGUGAUGCUCGCUCUUUCUCCGAUGCGUCAAGGCUGAGCCGAUGGAGGAGAAGCUGGGGAAUCACAAGCAUGUCUACAGCAUUCGGAAGAGUAGCCAUGAUCUGCAUGGCCGAAUUCACGGCAAAUCUGAUCAUCGCCUUACCGGCAGCAAUGAUCAAGAUCCUGCUUUGGUACUACCAAAACAAGUCCUUGCCAACGCUGGGACACUUGCUCAGCGCGUUGACAUACGCGUCGAGUAUCUGCAUUGCCAUUGCAGUUUGCGUGCCUAGUCGAGGCGCGCACGUCAAUCCUUGCAUCACUAUCCUCGCUGCAGCUCUCGGCGCUCUGACCUGCAGCUGGUGGGAGGCGAUAUCUCGUAUCACCGCCCAGAUCCUUGGUUGUUGGGCAGGCUGCAUGCUAGCUGUCUCGACGUGCUGGGACAUCAUCGCGGAUCUGCGUCAGGUGGUCAGGGCUAGUGGAAGGCUGGAGAGCUUCUUUGUUCCACAUGGUUUAGCUCGCUCGUUUGCUGUCGCUAGCACUCCUGGAAGAAGCACUGGGCUGGCCGUCGUUGGUGAAGCGUCUGGAGGAUUCAUUGCAGGUGAGCAAAUGCGAGUGCGCUGCAUGUGCUCGGACCUGCCCUCGGCUGACAGGAAUACCUGCAGCUUUGGUGAUUUGCGUCAAUGUCCAGGGUCUCAGGCAGCCCCAGCUCAUCAGAUCACAAGGCGCAUUCGUGAUGUGAGUCGUGAUUUAGCUCAAGCACCUUUGUCACCGAGCUCAUUUGGACCCUUUUGUUUGUGGCACCUUCCUCAGCGGCGCCACAUACUCUCUUUUAUUCUUGAUGAACUCGUUGGGCCCAUUCGUAGGAUCGUGAGUAUGUGUGAAGAGUCGUCGCGAUGCGAAUCAACGCUAGCAGAGCACGAAAGCUCAUGCAGACGCAUCUAAUCAGGAGUGCCCUCGACAUUGGUGGCAGAUUGGCCUGCUCUGUGAGUAUCGCGAUGAUCAAGUGCGCACGAAACGCGUUUGCUCACCGUUAGCUCGUGCAGGUCGUCUUUUUUGGUGCCGGGCAAUGCUGGCCGGUCCGCUUUGUCUUGCAUGCCUUGCUCUCACCAACGCUUGGGGUGCGUGCAGCCAUGAUUUCGUGAUGACGCAGACAGCGUACUGAAGAUGCCCCCCUCCACAGAUGCUCCUAGGUUUUGGAUGGUAUGCGCUAUUUUUAGAGCCAAGCGCGAGGGCCAACACGGCGGAAUCCUACCCAUCCGAAAGAUCAGCUCGUCCCGAAACGGCUCGAGGGUCAUGUCAUGACGUACCUCCAGGUGAAGGCUCGCCUCUGCGCUUCGGGUCGCCGCCUCCCCCUCGGCGCUUCAGAGAAGUAUGCGUCGGUGCGGCAUUCCCACCACAGCAGUCCUUGCACCGCGGAGAUUCUGACAUCAUGUGCGGUGCCUGUCACAAAGCAGCUUGCUCACUAUCUGACGAAGGCCAUCUGAACUCGCCAGCGAUCCAAUCAUCUGUGUCAGCGAAUAGUACUCCUGCCCAGCAGUCGUCACCACAGACAGCUGCCCUUCCGGAGAAGUCAAGACAGAACAAGCCUCAGAGAAGCGCUGAUAUCCGUAUAGACCAUAGAUCAAUGGACAAGGAGGACGGCGACGUUGCGUCUGCCGCGCUUCACUACCAGAGCAGCCCACCUCCUACAAUGGCACGCAGCACCAAGUGCCCGAGUGCACUGCAGGAUCGCCGCGGAAGCACCGAGACACAGUGCGCCCUGAUGAAGACUGUGCCACCCUGCUGGACUUUCGAGAUCGAAGAAAGCAGUGCAUUCCCAGCAGAUGUGGGCAGCGAAGAGCACCUCAGCGACACCGGAGCAGCGCCAUCAUUGGGUUCUGGUCGCCAAAGCAUCGAAAGCGGAAGUGAAUGCGAGGAUGACGACAGCGAUAGCAGUGGAGAGCUAUUCAGGUGCGGCAUGAAUGGCUUCCCAAACUACCCGACCUCGUCGGCAGAUCCGUACACCCAUGCGGGCGGCGUCAACAGCGUAGCUUGGCCGACCGUCGUCAAUGCCUCAACGCAUCGGCAUGGAUCUGCGACAGGUAUGAACAGGAGCAGCUGGACGUCGGAUGUCAGUGGUGACGUCAACUUGUCUCGGAGGUCUCGGACCCUCUCGACAAUUUCAGAAAAGUCGAGCACAUUGGAGAGAGGAGGCAGUUCGAGCAGUCUCCAAAGCGGACGCGUUGUGCAGCGAUGGGUUGAACAUGAGACAUGCUCAUCGAUCCACGAAGGGGCAAAUCUGUUCGGCGGCAGCCCUGUUCAGGCUCGCACUGCAGCGUCUGAAGACUUCGAGGCCACCAUGCGGACGAAUUAUCCGGGGACGUGCACCACGGAUGUGAGGGACGCACUCGAAUCGUCCCUGCCGCUCUCCUCUUUACGGAUGGCUGCGACAUCUAGUGGAGCAGGGAACCUCGAGCAGAACGGCUCGCAAGUCAUAGAUCUCGACUGCGCCGCGACCCAUCAAGCAAGGUGUGGUCAAAGUCCAAGCGCGAGCGCCGAGCAAAUAGCAACUCUGCAAGACCGGCUUGAACAACUCAAGCGACGUCAGGAGCGAGAACAAGAGCAGCUCGACUCGAUCCUCAAGAGACGGAGUCAAGAAUUAUUCGGCUCGUCUUCAUCUUCUUCGAGCAGAAAGCAGGGCAUCCCAUACAUUCGUCCCGGCUUUGACGCCUCAACAACCAGUCCUGCCUCUUCUCCCGGAAGGGCGGCAGUGCUUUUGACAGGCGCAGACAUAGAAGAACAGUCUCCGCGACGAGCGCAGCAGAAGCGCGAUGCAGGUCUUGUGGAUCGGGGACGGACUUCCGACAAGGACUGGCUCGAGGCGUUGCGUAGCCAUGGCUUCGCUGAUUGA